GAGGCACAUAACCCGAAGGCUAAGAAUUCCACGACCUUUUUAACCCACGGACAGAAUGGUGCAGUGGGAACGCAAUACAAACUUCCCCAAGUGCGACAACAGUGACACAGCAAAUGCAAGGUGCACCGAUCCCGCUUGACGUCGAAAGUUACCCCGUCACACCAGAAGGGUUGAACUUAGAGCAAGUCCACAUAUACGUGAGGCAUGGCGAACGUACGCCAGUCAGAGUGCGCAUGUCGGAUCCUCCAGCAUCCAUACCAGCAGACUGGCAGAUGUGCAACACUGCGAAAAGCUUUCACGAGACUGUAGCUGGACAUAUCCCUACCGUAGAUGACGGAUUGUGGUAUAGGAAAGUUGUCGAGAACAGGCAUGGCAAAACAGCUGAGGGAUUAUGCCUCCUGGGGGAGCUCACUGAUAUUGGGAAAAAGUCCACAUAUUCCUUCGGGACGGCAUUGCGAAGCCUUUAUGUAGAUAGAUUGAAAUUUCUCCCCCAAAAACUCGAGGAUGAGCGUUUGACUUACUUCCGCUCUACGAACAUCGCACGGACGAUCGAAUCUCUGCAGCACAUAGUCCACGGAGUGUACCCUCCAUCUACUUGCGCUCCAGGUACGAUACCCUCUAUCAUCAUACGUAAUGCAAUCGACGAGAAUCUCGUCAGCAAUACCUUAGCCUGCAAGCGACUGGCCCUCUUAGAAUUGAAGUUUGCUGAAGUUGCUGUUGCUGUUUGGAACCCGCGUUUAAAGCCAUUGGAUGUGAAAGUCUCCAAGUACAUAGGCGGUAGGCCGUUACGCCUUGAUGGAACUCCUCGAGCUUCGGGGAUUCUUGAUACAGUACGCUCCGCAGCUGCUCACGGUUUCCGAGUUCCACCAGAAUUCAUGGAUAGUGAUGUUAUUGGUUUAAUUGAAUCAGCUGUAACAGCCGAGUGGUUCAACAUCAAAUCAGAAGAUGGCCGCCGACUAGGAAUGGGUCGCCUCCUCGCCGACGCUUCAGAGAGAAUGCGACGCAAGGCCCAGCGCGAUACAACAGACCCCACUAAACUUCUCGUGCACUCGACGCACGACUCGACGCUUGCGGCGUUGCUCUGUACAUUCGAUGUAUUCGAUGACAAGUGGCCACCAUUCACUUCAUCAGUAACAUUUGAGCUCUUCCGAAAACGAACUCCGGCUUCAGGCCUCCGCGCGCUUUCAUCAGUUUGGAGACGACAGGACGAACAUUAUGUCCGCAUGCGUUACAAGAACAAGAACAUGGUGCUUCCGAUGUGCGCCGAGGAGGGGAAACAUUUACCGGGCUCGCCAGAGUUUUGUACGUUGGAGGCAUUUCAGCGGAGAGUGGAGGAGUUAACGCCUAGGGAUUGGGCUGAAGAGUGUCGGACGUGAGCGUGGUACUAGCGCCAUUGCUGGCUGGCAUACCGUUUGGCAUCUAUUGAUGCUUCUUCUAAAUCUAAAUCUUUAAAGCAUAUAAGCACGCAUAACCGGCAUGUUGUCCACCACGUCAUGUCGUUGCAUUCUCUUUCUUUAUGAAGUAUUUAUAUUUUUGGCAAUAAAUUGUAUCCGUACUGUACCGUACAUAGCCGUGGCACAUCGAUAUCUUUGACUGGAA